AUGGGCAUAAAAGGCAUUUAUGGAGAGCUCGGCUCUGGCCAGCGUGUGUCACUGUCGAAACUCGCCGCCGACACAUUGAAAGCCGAAGGGCGCCCGCUACGGCUCGCCAUUGACGUCGCCAUCUGGCAGUUUCAAGCGCAGGCUGCAAGAGGUGGCACGAACCCUGCCAUCCGAACCCUCUUCUACCGACUUGUACGAUUGCUCGCUAUCCCCGUCCAGCCAGUAUUUAUUUUCGACGGACCGAACAAACCCACCACGAAGCGAAACAAAAGAUCUGGUCGCGGCGAUGGUGUUGCAAACUCACAGGCCAAGCGCCUGAUUCGCUUAUUUGGCUUGCCUGCUCUGGAUGCGCCGGGCGAGGCAGAGGCAGAGUGCGCCCUGCUGCAGCGGCAUGGCAUUGUUGAUGCAGUGCUCAGCGAAGAUGUCGACACAAUCAUGUUUGGCUGCACAAAGACGCUUCGUAAUUGGUCUUCCGAAGGGAAGACGAGCACGGCUCCCACACACGUUUCGCUUUACGACACAGCUGCUGUUGCUAAUCAUGGCUUGGGGAGGCAGGGCAUGGUGCUUGUUGCCCUGAUGAGCGGUGGCGACUACCUCCCAGAUGGAAUUCCGGGAUGCGGAGUCAAGGUUGCCUGCGAAGCUGCCAAUGCUGGUUUUGGCACCUCGCUUUGCAGUCUCAAGGCCGCCGACACGGACAUGAUCAGUGCAUGGCGAGCAGAGCUGCGCCACGAGCUUACCACGAAUGAGAGUGGCCAUUUUCGAACAAAACACAAGAGCUUGCAUAUUCCCGACGACUUUCCAAAUAUGGAAGUCUUGCGAUAUUAUACUCACCCAGUGGUUUCGCCGCAAAGCCAUCUUGAGGCGAUCCGGCAAAAAGUAUACCAACAUAAGAAUGUUGAUUUGGAAUCUCUUCGCGAGUUUGCCCGCGAAACAUUUGACUGGGACUACCGGGAAGGCGCCAUCAAAUUCAUUCGCGUCCUGGGCCAAGCCAUGCUUGUCCAGAACCUGAUGCAGUCGCGCAACCUGAUACAAGACAUUUCGAAACGACGGACUCAUUUUAGUACCGACGCCACCCCGGAAUUGCGGCUGUCUUAUAUACCCAAAGACGUGGUCCCGAUCGAUUUAUCAACUGAAGUGGCAGAGGACAUCAAUUACGGGAGAGAUGGCCUCGCACUAAAUAGCGAUGACGAAUUCGCGCCCUCCCAGGGAGCCGAGGCCAAAACGCCGCAGACGUUUGACGUAACUGUCCCUGAGCUUGCUUGGGUCUUGGAAGACUUUGCAACACAGUAUGCUCCCGAAUCAUUACACAAAUUUGAGGCGGCAGAGGCCGCCAAGGCGCUUCGAAAGUCGCCCAAGAAAAAGUCAACCAGGAAGGCGGCCAAGCCCGUAAAGGACUCUGGAAUGCCUAAAGGUGCCAUUGACAACUUCUUUCGCAUCACCAAGAAGUCAAAUCCGACUCCAGAAAGCGUCGCGAAAGAAAAGUCUCCAUCACCACCAAGGAAAAUGCCGUCGUCUAUCGAAGCCAUCACACACAUCAACGAGCUACCUCCGCUGCCUCGGCCACCAAAGACGCCCCCACGAUCUCCAAGUAAGCAGAAUAGCGCCUCUGCUACAGGCAUCUCAGACAAGGACGCAGCCCGCUUACACAUGCCGCCCAGACCUUCCCAAAGCACUGUCUAUGCCGAAGCCAUUGUCAUUUCGUCCAGUCCUCCCUGCCGCACCUCGCCGCCAUCCACAGCACCCGUUUCUCAGGCCACUGCCUCACAGUCUGCGACGGAUGGUAGCCCCAUACCUUCGCAGUCUACCGCGGCUGCUUCGCCGUCGAGGGUGAAGGAUGGGCCAAGGCGACCCCCGGAGUUCCCCAAGGACACGGCCGCAAAACAUGCUCCGAAAUACAAGCAGACGUCUCUAGAUAUGUUUGCGUCCCGGAGGACAGCAGAGCGCAAACUAAAGGAGCCGGCUUCGUCAAUUAUCUCCAAGAAGCAAAUACUUGACGAUCCGUUCGAUGAGGAUUCGUCUCCGCUACCCAUGUCCGACAUGGUACCAGCAGAGCCUCCAUCCCCCAGCAAACGCCGGUCUCAAGAGAGCCAAGCUGCCAGGGGUGACAGGAGCGGAAGCCCCACGCCAUCACGGAGGAAGAAGCUGUUUGUCCCUGGCGCCGCGGGCAUGCUGCGCGAAAUUGAAGUCGACGGCGACGAGAACGAGAGAGAUAGAAUCAUUACACGAGAAGAGGCCCGGCUUGCCAGGUCCAACAUGAAAGGCAAGGUGAUUCGGUGGAGCGACGUUUCCAUCAUUGAUCUUACGGAAGAGUAG